AGUCUCAUUCUACAUCGGCAGUUGAAGCGGAACACAUCGUAUUCUCUAAUAUUAGUUUCCAGUCAGCUAGAUAUAGGUUUCUACUUUUCCAAUUUUACAUCGGGCGAAUAAUAAUAUUAAUAAUAGGUAGUUUUAAAUUUAUUUUCUACUAUUUUUUCGAUCUUUGUAAUCGGGUUUCGUAGUGAAGUUUCGAGUUUAGACAACGCGAGUUUAGAGUUAGCUUAGUUGAGAUUUAGGUUUUCGAUUUAGUUUGUUUUCGCGAUCAGGUGAGUAGUGAUAUAUCCGGACGAUCAAGAUGGACCCCACCAAGACCAACCGCCGCACCAGGAACUCGAUGGCUGCCGCAGCAGCUGCAGCCCAAUUGCAGACCCUCAACCCGGGGAUCAUUGUGGCGCCACCGCGCCUCGGUCGUCAGCAGAGAGGGGCUCGCUCGCCGGGUCCUCUUACCCGUGAGGAGGUUGCUAUGGACAUGCUAGGAUUUCCUCGUCGCACUCGUCACCAGCAGCAGCAGCAGCAGCAUCAGCAGCGGCAGGCAGCACAGUUCGCCUCCGACACCAUCUACAUCCAGAACGUCCCGGCCAUCCAGGCCGGCAGGAAGACUGGCUCUCGCCCCUGGAACCUGGUGAAGGAGAUACCGCUGCUGUUUAUGUCUGCCCUAGUUUAUGUGCACGGAGUCGAUCUGCAAUCCCACGACUGGAUCGGUGUCCUUCUACUCCUGCAGGCACUCCUGCACCUCACAAACAUCAUCUGUACCACGCCAUGGAUCUCGGCGCUGAAGAGUCUGGCCAGCAUAGCCCUCCUGGCAGUCUUUGGUUUUUUGGACAAUCUUGGUCGUGUAUCUCGUACCCGUGAGGGUGGAAUCUUCUUGCCGAUCGCCUAUGUCAUUAUCUUAGUUUCAAACAUGGUGAUGCUGAAGCGCGCCUUGAUGAAGAUGAACCGUUAGCUCUUCACCUAGCCGGGCUGGGUUAGUUGUGGUGACCUUGUGACCCCAUAGGGUGUCCAGGUCCACCAUUUUGUUAGUUUAUUCAAAAUUAUAGAUGCACCACUAUCGGAUGGAGCUCUCUGGAGGAUUGAAUCAUUGUUUAGGACCACCGAAAUUUCUUCUUGGAUUGGGUUUUUAAAUUAUCUUUAUUUGGACAUGGUAAAUAAUAUGUAACCUGUAUGAUCGCCUCUGGAUAUUGUGAAGCCCUCUAUAUUAAAUUCUUUCUGUUCCAUA